AUGAAGGCCAUGCAGUCUUUCAAGUCCCGAGGCUACUACAUGAAGGAACAGUUUGCCUGGAGACAUUUCUACUGGUACCUUAUCAAUGAGGGUAUCCAGUAUCUUCGUGAUUAUCUUCAUCUGCCCCCGGAGAUUGUGCCUGCCACCCUACACUGCAGCCGUCCAGGGACUGGCAGGCCUAGUCCUAAAGGUCUGGAGGUUGCCUGGAGCCCGUUCAACCCAUCCCCCAGUUCACUUUGCUUGUGGGAUCUCCCCGUUGCUCCUGUCCCUGGACGGAGUGGCAGGACAUCCUACAAGUAUCCAGACACUUGGCAUCAGUGGUGUCAAGACAACUCCAAGAAGGUUUUCCGUGAUCCUUCAAGCCCUGCGUUCGUUCCUGGUGAUCCUGCCUUCAAUUUGAUUGUACAGGUACCACAGCAAGCCAGUGCUGUGUGCUCCAAAUUCCAGGGCGUCCUGCAGCUCAGCCCCUGCACUGAGCACAAGGAAUCUCUGUGGAGCCCAGGGGCAGGGAGUCACCCCUUUGGGGCCCACAACACCCGGCUGUCCCCAGACUCGUGUCCAGGGAAGAUCGUGUUGAGGGGACUUAAGGAGAGCGGGGCAGGGAUGCCUGAGCAGGACAAGGACCCCAGAGUCCAAGAGAAUCCUGAUGAUCAGAGAAGGGUCCCCGUGGUCACCGGGGAUGCACGGUCUGCAUUUCGGCCCCUGCGGGACAAUGGAGGCCUCUCUCCCUUUGUGCCCAGGCCUGGGCCACUGCAGAGAGACCUCCAUGCCCAGAGGUCAGAAGUCAGAUAUAAGCAGACAUCCCAGACCUCCUGGACGAGCUCGUGCACCAAACGAAAUGCCAUCUCGAGCUCCUACAGCUCCACGGGAGGCUUCCCGUGGCUAAAGCGGAGGAGGAUGGGGGGGCCAGCCUCAUCCCACUGCCAGCUGACCCUCAGUUCCUCAAAGACAGUGAGUGAGGCCAGGCCUCAGGCUGUCCCUUCGGGUCACACCCAGUGUGAAAAGGCAGCGGAUACAACACCAGGGCAGACACUCACCCCCAGGACUGGCUCCCCCAGAUCCCAGGCCUCUAGGCCCCGUAGACGCAAGUUUCCCCUGCUGCCACGCAGGCGAGGGGAGCCUCUGAUGCUGCCACCUCCCUUAGAGCUGGGGUUCCGGGUCACUGCUGAAGACCUGGACCUGGAGAAGGAGGCGGCAUUCCAGUGCAUCAACAGUGUACUGCGGGGUGAGGCCAAGGCCAUCUGGGACUGCAGACCCUCACGGCCUUCCCAUGCUUUGUCCUCACUUGCAACAGGGACUUGUGGUCUCCCUGCUGUUUCUAAAGCACCCAGGAUGGAUGCACAGCAGGACUCCUGGGGCCCAGUGGCUCCCCUAGCAUCUGUUGCAGAGGCUCCCUCUACAGCUCCUGUGUCUAGGAAGAAGCACAGACCACCAGGCCCCCUGUUCUCCUUCUCAGAUCCCCUUCCUGCCACUUCUUCCCACUCCCAGGACCCAGCCCAGGUCACCUCGCUGAUUCCUGCCCCCUUGCCAGCUGCAAGCAUGGAUGGGGGCAUGAGAAGAGCAAGGCCUGGCACUUCUGCUCCUGCAGCUGCUGCAGCGGCCCCUCCCCCCUCCACUUUGACCCCCACGUCGGGGUCCCUACUGGUGGAGUGGAUGGAGGCCCUUCACAUUUCCGGGCCUCAACCACAGCUGCAGCAGGUGCCCAGAGGUCAGGUCAGAUAUAACCAGAGAUUCCAGACCUCCUGCAUGAGCUCGUGUCCCAAACGAAAUGCCAUCUCGAGCUCCUACAGCUCCACGGGAGGCUUCCCAUGGCUAAAGCGGAGGAGGAGAGGGGGGCCAGCCUCAUCCCACUGCCAGCUGACCCUCAGUUCCUCAAAGACAGUGAGUGAGGCCAGGCCUCAGGCUGUCCCUUCGGGUCACACCCAGUGUGAAAAGGCAGCAGAUACAGUACCAGGGCAGACACUCGCCCCCAGGAAUGGCUCCCCCAGAUCCCAGGCCUCUAGGCCCCGUAGACGCAAGUUUCCCCUGCUGCCACGCAGGCGAGGGGAGCCUCUGAUGCUGCCACCUCCCUUAGAGCUGGGGUUCCGGGUCACUGCUGAAGACCUGGACCUGGAGAAGGAGGCGGCAUUCCAGUGCAUCAACAGUGUACUGCGGGGUGAGGCCAAGGCCAUCUGGGACUGCAGACCCUCACGGCCUUCCCAUGCUUUGUCUUCACUUGCAACAGGGACUUCUGGUCUCCCUGCUGUUUCUAAAGCACCCAAUAUGGAUGCACAGCAGGAGAGACACAAGUCCCAAGACUCCUGGGGCCCAGUGCGCCCCUAGCAUCUGCUGCAGAGGCUCCCUCUACAGCUUCUGUGUCUAGGAAGAAGCACAGACCACCAGGUCCCCUGUUCUCCUUCUCAGAUCCCCUUCCUGCCACCUGUUCCCACUCCCAGGACUCAGCCCAGGUCACCUCGCUAAUUCCUGCCCCCUCUCCAGCUGCAAGCAUGGAGGGCAGCUUGAGAAGCCCAAGGCCUGGCACUUCUGGAGCCAGUUCCAGCCCUGCAGCCACACCCACGGGCUUUGGGAGCAGAGAGCCAGCCCCAGCUCUGAGUUCCCUCAGAAGAAAACAGGUAAAGAGAAAGGCCCCGAGCACCACCCAUGGCAAUGGGGCAUGAGGGGGCCUGAACACCAGGGGGCCCCCCAGGCUGAGCACAUCCAUGGUGACUGCAGGACCUGGCACAGGGAGCAGGUCUGUUGCUCACAUCCUGGGGAACCAUUUAAGCAGACACCCCCAGUUGCAAGUCGAGGACCCAGUGCCACUGCAAACAAGGCAGGCUGCACAUGCAAGUCUGGGCCGGCCUCUGACCCUAGCAACCCCACUUCCCAUGUGGGCACAGCAAAGAGGAACCUGGCCUCUAAGGCUCCCUCGUGAGCUGUCAGGGGUUCUGCUGGACACACGUCCAAAGGACCUGUCAUCCAAAGGACAGCUCAUCCUUCUCCACAUCGGGCUUUUGAGCCCGUCAUAAAUUCCUUGCCUAGAGUGAAGUCCAGGAGAGUUUUCUCUAGGUUUCCUUCCAAUAUUUUUGUAGUUUUGUAUCUUAACAUUCACAUUUAAGUCUUGGAUCUAUCUCGAGGUGAUUUUUGUAUAUGCUGAGAGAUAAGGGUCCGGCUUCAUUCUUCUGCAUGUGGCUAUCCAACCCUCCCAGCACCAUUCAUUGAAGAGGGUGUCCUUUCCCCAGUGUGUGUUUCUGUCGGCUCUGUCAAAGAUCAACUGGCUGUAAAUAUGUGGCUGUUUUUCUGAGUUCUCUCAUCUGUCCCGUUGAUCUAAGUGUCUAGCUUUAUGUUAGGAUUAUACUGUUUUGGUAACUACGCACUUGUCAAACAUUUUGUAGUUGUAAUUUGCAGUGAAAUGGGAUGCCUCUAGUUUUGCUGUUUUGACUGAGGAUGACUUUGGGUCCUUGAGCUCUUUUUUGAUUCUUUUUUAUGAAUUUCAGGACUUUCCAAUUCUGUGAGUGGUGACAUUGGUAUUUUGGUAGGGGUUGUAUUGAAUCUCUAGACUGCUUGGGGCAGUGUGGUCAUUUUAAUGCUAUGAAUUCCUACCAUGAGCAUGAAAUGAUUGUCCAUUUCUUUCUCUCCUCUUAAACAUUUUCUCAGUGUUUUGUAGUUUUCCUUGUAGAAAUCUUUCGCCUCCUUGGUAAAAUUUCUGUGGCAUACAUUUUUCCAUUUUGUUGCUAUUGUAAAUGGGAUUGCCUUCUUAAUUCUUUCCCAACCAGACCAUUAUUGGUGUGUAGAAAUGCUGCUGAUUGUUGUUGUUGUUGUUGAUUCUGUAUCCUGCAAAUCACUGUAUUAAUUUAUUUAUCAAAUCUAGGAGUUUUCUGGUGGAUGUUUCUAGAUCCAAGAUCACAUCUUCAUCAGACAAGGAUAAUUUGAUGUCCUGUUUUCCAGUGUGGAUGCCUUUUACUGUUUUCUCUUGCCUGAUUGUGUGAUGUCGAAUAGGAGUGGUGAGAACCGGCAUCCUCAUCUUGUUCCUGUUUACAGAGGAAAUGCUUUCAACUUUUCCCUACUACCUUCUGUAGUAGGUUAGCUACGGCUUUGUCGUAUGCAGUUUUUAUUAUUUUCAGGUAUGUUGUUUUGUUUGUUUUUGUUUUUUGAGACAGAGUCUCGCUCUU